CUACAGGCUUCCUUUUCUGCCUCCAGGUUUUAAGGCACCACUUAAAAGGGGGGCCCAGAAGGAGAAAUUUCAUGUAGAAUGGUUGUGUCUGAAGCCAGUCACCUGGGCUUGAGUCCCUGCUCUGAGAUCUUGGGCAAACUACCCAACAUUCAUUUAUUAAACCAGUAAGCAUCUUGAGCAUCUAUGUGUGCUCCAUGUACGGGGCACACACUAGUGAACACCACAGACACAGCCGCUGCCCUUUGGGAACUAAUUUUCUAUUGGAGGAAUCGCAUAGUGAAGUGUGUGUAAUUACAAACUGUGCUGGGUGCUGAGGGGAAGUGUAGAGAGUAACAGGCAGAGGGAGCGGAGGACCCAACUUACAUAGGCUGCUUUUGUCUCUCAAGUGGUGACAGUUCUGCUCACUCUUGGAGGAGUAGGAAUUAGGCAGAGCAGGGGAGGUGGGGGGUAGGGAGAGAAGGGCAGGCAGAGAGAGCAGUUAUGGGAAGGGCCUUGAGGGGACACCGCUGGGUGGUUCCUGCAAGGGGGAGGAGCGUGGUGUGGAGCUGGUGAGGGCAGCGGGGGCUACUCGGGGACCCUGGCACGGAUUUGGGCUUUGGCUUCUGUGUUGGGGCGAUCACUCAGGCCGCCGUCUGCAGAAUGUGCUAGAGAGUGCAGGGCAGCAGUCUCAGCUGGAGAUCAAGCAUGGACAUUACCACAGUAGUAGGAAGGAGGAGUCGGGCGUGAGUCAAGGUGUAGCCAAGGUGAGCAGCACGAAAGGAAAGGGGAUUAGACGUGCUGAGUGAAGCAGGGCCAUGAACCAAGGAUGCUGUCCAGGUUUUCAGCUUGAGUCACUAGUUGGAUGGUGAUGGCACUGAGUGAGAUAGGAAGACAAAGAAGAGACAAUGGUUUGGGACAUACUAAGUGACAUGUUCGUCACAUACCCAGCGGGACAUGCUGGAGCUCAGUGGUGAGAUCAGCACCUGUGCAUCUGGUUAUUGUCAGCAUGUGGAAGAUAUCUACAUGCAUAAGAUCACAGGGAGUGGGGUGUGCACACAAGAAAAUUGGUCCCAGAUGCGCGACUGUGGAGUUCCCAGCAUGCAGUGAAAGAGAGGGAGCCUGCUAAGAGGACUGAGGAGAGGGCAGACAAGGGUAAUACACACACUGCCCUUGUUGUCCUGCCUGAGAACGAGUGCACAAGUGUAUUUAAAAAGUGCUUCAAUUAUUACAUUUCCCUGCUGCUUGGCGAGGUUAAUAGGACAAUGAUUAAGCUCCACUUUCUAUGGCAAGGCACUGACUGGUAGUGCAUAUUGUAACCAUGAAUAAACCUAGAUUCUAGUCCCAGGAGCUCAUUACCUAGUAGAGGACAGAAGAUUUAUGGAGAAAUAGAGAAGAAGAUGGGAAGUAGGAAGUGUUGUCAGAGAAAUAAAAGCGAAGUGUUCAGGGACUUGACGGAUGUGGCUGUGGCUGGGGGACCCGGCUAUGCUUCAUGGGGUGAGCGGCGUUUGAGGCGGGUCUGGAAGAAAGGGUGGGUGUGGAUGUUCAGAGAAGGGGAGGAGGAGGAUGGACGAAGGCAGGGAAGUGUAAUACAAAUCCCACACAAAUCAGAGGAAGUGUGUCUGGGAGGCAGGUGCACUGUGAUGACUGUGCAGCAGUCCCUUGGGUCAAAGCUCAGAAAUCUGGCAGACAGAUGCCACGUCAGGGGACUUAGUGGCUGCAGUAGCUGCGGUAUUAAUGCCUUUUGUCAGCCACAUCUCCUAGCAGUGUGAAGAUGCCUCUCAUCCGAGUCAGGUGCAGCCACUGCGUCCGGCAACUGGGGGUAAUUGGCAUAUCCUUCUAGAAAAAGCCAUCCAAAAAGCAUACGUUAUAUUCCAUAAUUAUUUGCUUGGAUUUUAAAGCGCCCAACAAAUUACUCACUUUGCUUUCACAACUAGUAGUCCUUUUCACAGAUUAUGUAAAUAACCAUUGUUCUUGUGGUUAUUGAUAGGAUACCCCAGGGAGGUCCAGGAGUUGCAAUUAUGCUUGCUGUGGCUGAGCUAACAACCUUUUAAUUCUGGUUUUUCCACUGACAGGUACUGUGACCUUCAGCAAUUAUCCAACCACUCUGUUUCAAGUCCCCCAGCUGUAAAAGUAGAAUAACACUUUCUCAAACACUGUUAGGAUGAAUUGCAUAAGUGUCUGUAUGCCCCAUAUAUUGUUCAUAGCAAAAGAGAAAGUUGCAGUGAGGAGACAACGACUUCCUUCCUAUGCAGGAGUGUAAUUAAUGACUAACCUGCUUAUCAUCUUAUGGAUCCCUUUUCUGUGGCCCCUUUGGCUUAGGCAGAGCUGCUUCAUUGGAUAUGGUUUUCAUGUUCCUGGUUGUACUUAGACAUAGGAAGAAAGUCCUACCUAAAUUUUAUCAUUUGCAUUCUUUACAACCAGGUUUUUAAACAGAUUUACUGAGUCUGGAGCUUGGUGUCAAAUUCCUGCUCACAAGGAGUGUUAGAGGUGUCAGCUCCAUAAAGCUUUCUGUGAAGAAUCAGUGAAACGCUCUGCCACGGAAGUUUAAAGUUAAUUUGCCUGAAUCUCUUCAGCCAAAUGAAGCUUUCGAAUCAAUUACGAACAGAGAGGAUGAAACGUUGGGGUCUGCAGAGAUUAGAGACAGUCCUCCAGCCGUCAGCCCCAAUCACCUUCCAAGUGGCUUCGUGUCUGGUGGAUGGAGCCACCAAUCUUUAUAGACCUUCACUGCUGGCCACACUGCGGGGGCUGGGGGGCGGGCAAUGGUUACAGAUGUUCACUGCUGGCCACACGGGGGUGGGGGUGGUGGGCACGGCCUGUGCUGAGGAGCUGCACUUCAUUUUUUGGGACGUCUGAAGGAGGGUCUGGGCUGGGCCCUCUGGUCCCCCCGCCUCGCUUCACAGUCGAGGGAGCGAGCAGGGGAAGAGCCCCCCCCCCCCCCCCCCCCGCUUCGAGCUUCAGCCAAGAGCUCUGUUCUGGGGCAGAAACUUCCUCCAGUCGGCUGGGCGCAGUCUGUUCGUCUGCUUUCCCCGGGUGGUGAGCACAACGCAGACGUUAGUUGAUGGUGGUGAACACAGGGAGGCGGGGGCCUGCCCGGGUCGCCGGAGGCCAGACGUCUCACCGGCCGGCCGACCAGCUAGCUGCACGGUCCUCUCGUCUUCUGUUUUCCUGGGCCUGAACGCAGGACCCUCUCGGCGGGCUUUCGGGCCCGGGGGCGGAGCCGGCCAGGGGCGGGGCCAGGGGCGGAAAAGGCGGGGCUCUAGCUCGAAGCUGAGCGAGGCCAAAGGCGGGACCGGGAGGAGGGAGGCGGGACUCCGAGCAGGCGGGGCGGGGCCAGGGCGAAGGGGCGGGGCCGGGCGCGCGAGCCUCCUCGCGCGCCCCGAGCCCGCCGGAAUCUUCGCGGCUGAGGUGGCCUCGCCGGCCGGGGUCUGAGGAGCCGAGCGGCCCCUCCUCGGCGGCGUCCGCUCUCCCUCGGCUCCCGCCCGCCUCCCGGCUCCGACCCUCCGGAGCCCGCGUUCGUUUCCCGCGCGGCCGUCGUGAGGCGUGUGCCCGCGUUCCCGCGCGGGUCCCGGCGAUGUCGGCGUGGGGCUCAUCGCCCGCGGUCCUGGGUCUCGCGUCCCGCCCGCUCCGCCUCCUCCUCCUGUUUCAGCUGGUCGCGGGGCGCUGGCGCCCGGCCGGCGCGGGGGGCGGCGCGCCUGGAGGGUUAGCUGAACCAUCCUUUGUUGCAAAACAUGAAGAUAGUUUGUUAAAGGAUUUAUUUCAAGACUACGAAAGAUGGGUUCGUCCUGUGGAACACCUGAAUGACAAAAUAAAAAUAAAGUUUGGCCUGGCAAUAUCUCAAUUAGUGGAUGUGGAUGAGAAAAAUCAGUUAAUGACAACGAAUGUCUGGUUGAAACAGGAGUGGAUAGAUGUAAAGUUAAGAUGGCGCCCUGGCGACUAUGGCGGAAUAAAAGUUAUACGCGUCCCUUCGGACUCUCUCUGGACCCCAGACAUUGUUUUGUUUGAUAAUGCAGAUGGACGUUUUGAAGGGGCCAGCACGAAAGCGGUCAUCAGGUAUGAUGGCACUGUCACCUGGACUCCACCGGCAAACUACAAAAGUUCUUGCACCAUAGAUGUCACGUUUUUCCCAUUCGAUCUCCAAAACUGCUCCAUGAAAUUUGGUUCUUGGACUUACGAUGGAUCACAGGUUGAUAUAAUUUUAGAGGACCAAGACGUGGACAGGAGAGAUUUUUUUGACAAUGGAGAAUGGGAGAUUGUGAGUGCAACGGGAAGCAAAGGAAACAGAACGGAUGGCUCCUGCUGGUACCCUUAUGUCACCUACUCAUUUGUAAUUAAGCGUCUGCCUCUCUUUUACACCUUGUUCCUUAUUAUACCCUGUAUCGGGCUCUCGUUUUUAACCGUGCUUGUCUUCUAUCUCCCCUCAAACGAAGGUGAGAAGCUCAGUCUCUGCACGUCAGUCCUGGUCUCUCUGACUGUCUUCCUUCUGGUUAUUGAAGAGAUCAUACCCUCGUCUUCCAAAGUAAUACCUCUGAUUGGAGAGUAUCUGGUGUUCACCAUGAUUUUUGUGACGCUCUCAAUCAUGGUGACCGUCUUCGCUAUCAAUAUCCAUCAUCGUUCUUCCUCAACACACGAUGCAAUGGCACCUUGGGUCCGCAAGGUAUUUCUCCACAAGCUUCCCAAACUGCUGUGCAUGAGGAGUCACGUAGACAGGUACUUCGCUCAGAAAGAGGAAACUGAGGGCGGUAGUAGACCAGAGUCUUCUAGAAACACAUUGGAAGCUGCGCUUGAUUCCAUCCGCUACAUUACAAGACACGUCAUGAAGGAGAAUGACGUCCGUGAGGUGGUUGAAGAUUGGAAAUUCAUAGCACAGGUGCUUGAUCGGAUGUUUCUAUGGACUUUUCUUCUGGUUUCAAUUGUUGGAUCUCUUGGGCUUUUCGUUCCUGUUAUUUAUAAGUGGGCAAAUAUAAUAGUACCGGUUCAUAUUGGAGAUGCAAAUAAGUGAUCCUUCCGUAGUGGUGUCAUCGUAGGAAUUUAGUUACCAAAGGCACCUAUGCCUCUGGCACCCUUAAAAUUAGAAAAUGUAAAUUGUGUUUAAAAUUUGAAGCAAGCUUUGUCAGAUUAACAGUUGCUAACUUUGGUUUAUCUUAAUAGACUGCCCUGAGAACAUUUUACCUGCAUGACUGAAGUGAUAGCUGACUCAGCAUUUGAGCUAAAAAUAGCAGCAAAAUGUUAUCUGAACUGUACUAGUGAAAACCUAAUGUUGGUGUCCUGGCAAACAGUACCAAUUCGUAAUCAACGUGAAGCUCAUCUUUUGAUUGUAUUGGAAAGUUCCUGUUGUAUUUGAAGACUGAUUUCAGGACUUUUUCUGCAUUUGGUAAAGGUACACAUUUUAAGUUUCUUUCUUUCUGUCCUGUAUCCACGGAGUAACAGCUAAUCUCUAGCAUAAUAUUACACUGCUAUGUUAAAUAAGCUAACUCCUUGGUAUGAUAACAAUUUAAUGUGAUGCUGCUUUUCUAUAACCAACAUUGUAAAAAAUGAAAAAUGGGAAUUCCUUUAAAGCUUACUUUAUUUCUUAGAUGCUUAAACUGAACAAUUAUUGUAUUAACUGUUUUUGUAGCUUACCUUCAAUUGUAAAAUCACACAAUAGGUAACUUGUGGACAUGCACUAGUAUCUUCUUAACAUUAAUUUCAACCCCCUUAUCCACAUUUUCCACAAUUAACCAUCUUCUAUAUAAACCGUAGCAUUUCUGUACCCUUCAUCUUAGAAGGCGUCCUCUACAAUUAAGUGAAUCCCAUUUUAAAAACACGUCCAUGGAUGCCACCAAAUCAUACUGUGAAAAACCAUCUUCUAAGAUUAAAGAUGGUUUCUAAUUAGGUGGAAGCUCAUUGUCACAUGGCUGUCACGUAUAGUUCCAUCUCCUUCUUUCCAGCAGUCACAGUACUGGAGCCAUAGAGUUGCAGGGCCUCUAGGUGUGGUGCAGUCUCACCGAUUACUGCUCAUUCAGGACCGUAGUGGCAUGCGUCACAGGUAAACAAGUGAGAUUCCAUCUCUGAAUGCCCUGAUUCAGCUACGAUCAGGAAUAAAACACUGUUGAAGCUCUGCAUUUUAUCUGGAACUCUUAGCCCUUGAGAGAACAAAUGCCUUAUUUAUAGUAAGUAACCCAUCUAAGGUCAGGUCAACACUCUUUGGAAGGCAGAGGGGGUCCUGUCUCAUUUGUAUUUUAUUGUAGGUACAUGUUUAAUGUCAUUUAAUGAGUGAAAGUCUGGUUUGAUGAGUUUAAAUGCCUGUUAGAUCUCUUAGCACGUAUAUAUCCCUGAUUCUUCUUCUACCUCUGUUACUGUUACUUAAAAUUUCUAUAGGUGAGUAAAUUUUGUAGAAAUCUUCGACUUACCAAAACAUGAGUCACAGUUGGCUGCGAUUUUGUCAGUUUUAUUUUUGCAAAGCCAAAACAUCAAAAUGACUAGUGAGAAGAUCAAAAUGGUCUCUGUAAACCCUCAUCUCCUACCUAUUCAGAUUCAGAACUGCAGUACUCCAUACUGGAAUACUGUCUUCUUAAUAAUCUGUCUACAGCAGUGGUUCUCAAUCGGGCACAGUUUUGUGCUUGAGGGGCCACUUAAUUUUUGGAGACGUUUUUGGUUGUUAUAACUGGCAAGGGACCCGGGGGUAUGUUCUUGGCAUCUAGUGGGUGGAGGCCAGAUGGAGGCUAAAAAUCCUACAAUGUCUCCCCAGCACAGAGUUAUCUGGCCACAAAUGCCAAUAGUGCCAAGGUUGAGAAAUGCUGCUCCAACGGUUUACUAGCAAGACUGGGCAUACCUUUUCGUAGCAUAGUUCCUUAGGAUGAUGCGAGAUAAAGGCUGAGGCGUUCUGUGAAGGAGGCACGGCCCUCAGACUCUUGGAAACCAACGAUGAACAAGGAGUGGGACAAGGAGUGAACAUGGGAGGAAAUGGUAGUAGGUAGGGCAUUGCUGAAAUGGUACAAAACUUCAAGGAGAUCACAGGCCAAGUAAGAAAACCCUUGGGAAAUCUGUUGUGAUACUGAACCAGAUGGAUUUCCACAUUUGUGAGCAGCAAGUUUUCCUGUCCAAUUAUGCCUCAACCAGCACAAAGGGGAAAACGUUUUCAUAUUUAGCCCAUAUUUACAUAUUCUUUAGUAGAGUAUAUUAC